AUGGCCGUCAACCCCGCAACCGGCGCGCCCCUCCCCGCAGACGCCCUGCAGCGCGUCCUCUUCGUUGCUCGCACCACCCACGUCUAUGCCAUUCCUCCAUUGACCUCGAUGAAGGGCUACAUGGCCGCCGACUGGACCGUGCAGAACCGCCAGAUCUUCACUGCCCGCCUGCGCAUCCUGGAGACAGCCAUCCACGACACCGUCACCACGGACAUCCUGCUCGAAGACCCCAACGACGGCAGCCUCUUCGCGGCAGCCCCGUACACAGACGCCAGCGCCGUCGAACACGUCCUCGACUCGUCGCGGUUUUUUGUGCUGCGCGUGGUGGGCGAGGGCCGCAAGGCUACGCUGGGAAUUGGGUUUGAGGACCGCAGCGACGCUUUUGACUUUGGCGUGGCGCUGCAAGAAGCACGGAAGCUAUCCAACAAUUCAGUAGUAUCUUCUUCAGACCAGCCGUCCGCUGAGCAGACGCCCAAAGACUACAGCCUGAAGCCCGGACAGACCAUCAGCGUCAACACGGGGAGGAGGCGCCCAGCGGCUGAUAUCUCCGAGUCCAAGAGCCCCGUGUCUGCGGCCAGAGCCGAAGAACAGGCCCUGUUCUCGAUUCCGCCACCGCCAGCACCCACGGCCGGUGCAUCGAUUGCCAUAGGAGAUCAGGGUGGUGGUGGUGGUGGUGGUCGACGAAGAAGACCAGCGUCUGCGCUUAUUGCAGCAGAAAACGCCCCGUCUCUGGGCUUUGAUGACUCGGCCACGUUUAAUUGA